ACACUAAACGACAAAACGACUAAACCAGUAAACAUAAGUAAACACUAAAAAGACACUUGAAGAAGUUUUUCAUCAAAAAGAAUGCCCUUUUUACUUUUUAGAACUUUUUUAGCCGAAUAAAGUGUGUCUAGUGAGAGACAAGUAUCAACUCCAACAAGUAGUUAUUAGUUUGUUUCACGUUUGUUUUUGUAUGUUUUUGUUUAUCGGCAUUGUAUUUUUGUGUUCUGCGAUUAUCAUAGAUACAGGGAAAUAGGAAUAUAAUAAUUACGUAAUGAUAAAUUAAUGCAUAAAUAUGCAUAUUGCGAGUGAUUCUAUCUUUAUCUUUUACCCUAUCCUUUUAUCCAUUUUUGUGUGCCCUUGACCUUCCAAUUUAUUUUUGUCUAUGACUCUAUUUUCUGCUUCUAGUCUCGAGACAACAUUAAACCUGUGUGAACCUGUGCAUUAAACACAUUACGUACGUCGUAUAUACUUAGCAGAAUACAACGAUUUAUGAGAAAGAAAUGUCCAACUGGAAAAUUAAUUUAUUAAACAAAACUGCAAUUAUAAAGGAUGUAGAUAACUGCAAAAAGGCUACAGAAAGCAUUCUUUGUAAGGUACCAUCAAAUAUUGAAGAAGAUUCUUGGCCAUAUGUUAAGGAAAAACAGGUAAUAGGGCUAGAUUGUGAGGGAGUGAAUUUGGGUGAAAGAGGAGAGUUAACACUGAUUCAAAUUGUCACAAAGGAGAAAAUAUAUAUUUUUGAUGUGCAAGAAUGUCAUAUGAUGAUGGAAAAUGGGAUUAAAGACAUUCUUGAGAAUAAUAAUAUUAUCAAAGUAGUACAGGCAUGCCGAAAUGACGUCCUUAAUCUCUUUUAUCAGUUUGGAGUACAACUUAAUUGUGUAUUUGAUACUCAAGUAGCUCAUGGUAUUAUCACUAAACAAAAUGGUGGAGGUGGGGAUUUUAGAGCUGGAUUGAAUCUCAUAUCUGAGUGUUACGGAGUACCCCCAAAUCCCCUAAAAAUAGACAUUAAAAAUAUUUACAAGAGGAAUCAAAAAUAUUGGUCUGAAAGGCCACUAACAGAGGAAAUGAUAUUAUAUGCUGCAGCUGAUGUUGAGCAUUUAAUUAGCGAUAAUAUGUACAAAACUAUGCUUGAAGCUAUAGAUGACAGGCACAAAUUUUUAUUUAAAAAAAUAUGUAUGGAAAAAACUGUGAUAAAUCAAAGAAAUAACUCUAGAUCUAAUGAGCAAAUGGUUAGAAAUGCUUAUCAUAGGCAAAAUAAGAAUAAAUAUAGACCUAGAGGGAGAAAUUAUAGAAACCAGACUUUUGAAACAUCACGAAACUACAAACCCUAUAGAGAUAAUUAUAGAGUGCAUAAAAAAGACAGAAAUCAUUAUUCUAGAGUGUCCUACAGAAGAAACUGAUGUUAACUAGUCAUAUAUUAAAAUAAUUUUAUAAUUUUCUAUAGAAAUAUUUGAUGCUGCAAUAAUCAUUUGUCUUAUUUAAAUGUGGUUUUAAAUGGUUAUAGAUUUUUACAAUGUGGACGUAUGUAGGUACUAAUAAACUAUGGUUUGAUCAAUCAAAAAAUAUUUUAAAAAUAUGUAAAAAAAAGUUUUAUGAUUUUGUGUUUUGUUUCUUAGUAAUCAUUUUUUUUUCGAACGUAAAGCCUAGGCCUUCUAUAUAUCCUUGGCCUAGGCAUAAAAGUAAAGCACUUUUACGCCUAAGCAUAAAAUACGAAAAUAUAUUAUUAAAUUGACAUAAAGUGUCAAAUUCAACGAGCCAUAACCAUAAUUUCUCGAUAUAUAAUUAUC